CAGAAACUACCUCUGAGCCAUUGUUCAAGUUCUGGAGUUCUGGAGACGGGUCAGGACGCGCCUGCGCUGCUCGGGACGGUGGUCUGUCGUUAUGACGGGCUCCGGUCCGAAGCUCGGCGUCCUGCUGUUGGUGGCGGUUCUGCUGCAGACGGUGGUCGUCACCAUCACAGUGCUGCACUUCACCUCGGCUCUGAACUCGAUGAAAGAGACGUUCGCCAGGAGCAGUGUUUCUUGUCUGACGGGUUCUGACUUGCAGAGCAUCACGGCUGUACGAGGAGAUCCAUGCUGGCAGGUCACUCAGCAGCUUCACUUGCUCAUUGAAAAGUCUCUGUCUCAGCGUUACCAGAGGCGGAUUUCAUCAGCAGUGAGAGAUGAAGUGUCCCGUGUGCUGCCCUCACUUAUGAUGGAGGACAGGGCUUCACCUCGCCCCAAAGUUGCCGCUCACGUCACAGGCAGCUUCGUGCCCAAACUGGAGCACGAUGGAGGAGCUCCUGUCCUUGCUGGGCGACGAGUUCAGGGUCAGAAGAUCUCAUGGUGGGAGGGUCAAAAGGGCCUGGCGUUCCUCCAGGACGUCCAGCUGCUGGACGGGGAACUGGUGGUGUUGCAGCCUGGGCUCUACUACGUCUACGCCCAGACGUACUUCAGGCACACCCACUCCCUGGAGGAGGAUGGCGAGGAGGCGGAGGACAGGGGUAAACCCCUGCUGCAGUAUGUCUACAAAAAGGUGAACUCCUACCCCGUUCCCAUCCUGCUGAUGAAGACCAGCCGGACUUCCUGCUGGUCCCGGGGUUCCGACUUCUCUCUGCACUCCGCCCAUCAGGGGGGGCUUUUCCCGCUCACAACCGGCGACCGCCUGUUUGUGACUGUGACCAACGCCUCUGCUGUGGACAUGGAUGAGAAGAGCAGCUUCUUCGGAGCGUUUCUUAUCAGUUAGAGUGUUGGUUGAAGGAAAUCAAGCUUUUGUACUCGUCGUCUUCAAAAAACAUCAAACUGCUGCAAGCAUCAGACUGUCCUGAGACGUCUCUUCUUUUGUCUCAAGGGAUCAAAAAUUGAACCAACUUUGAUAACACUGGUUUACUUGGAAGAAGGGAGCCAACAAUAGAUCGGGAUUCAAACGUGUGGGUGAACUGAGAAUGAACCCAACCGUUUUUGCUGCUCUUGAGCAACAACGGUUUCAUAGAACUCAAAUACUCUUGAGUUCUAGGAAAAGUUGAAAAACCUUUGUGGUUUGAUCAAUUCCAUGCCAAUCCUGGUGUCAGAGAAGAUCCUUCUUGAAGCUGACUGUCUCUAGCUUCAAAUACCUUGCAAAGUAAAAGAGUAGUGUAAGGUUUUUCUAAGGGAAAUUACUCAAUUACUUCUCAAUUCAUAAUUUUCAUCACAACAAACAUUUAAUCUAAGGUUUGCCUGGGUUGUUUUUCUUCAGUAUUUCACAAGUCUAUGUAUGUUAAAUAUACAUAUUUUUCCCUUCAAACCCUUUAAGCAAAUGAGCAUUAUGAGGACCGUAGAGACGUUAAACUUUAAAUGUGGGAAAUUUACUCCAUAACCCUUGAAUUUAUUUAAAAUUAUAUAAAAAACAAUUAUUUUUGUUUUUUGCCAUAAGGCAGGUGCAAAAUUAUUUAGAGAUUGUUAAUUUAACUAUAGCACAUACAACUGAUAUAAAAUUUUGUUUUUUUAUUAUGCAAAUUAAUGUAAUUAGGAAUAAUUGCAACCAGCAAUUGGCAGGAAAGUUCUUCCAGGACAAUCGUUAUUGAAUACGUUUAAGACAAGUCCGUCAGCAUUUAUGGCCUAUGAUCUCCACCAUAGCUGCAUUAAAACUUAAAGCGGUUUGAGGCAAAUUUGCAGCGAAAGUCGAAAAGAGUUAUUCAUGGAAGUCAUAAAUGAUAGGAAGAAAUUUAGGAUUUGACCACUAGAGGGUGCUGCUUAGUCAUUGAGUGCUCAUGUCCUAAUCACUGCUACCUAGAGGAAAAUACAAGUCACUGCAGCUCAAAAAAAUGUAUUUAAAACCUUAAAAUGUAUACAAGGAUAGCAGUAGAAUUACAUCAAAAGUUCAUCCUUUAACAACUAAAUUCACAACCUCAAGAUGAUCUAAUUCCAUUUAAUCUGUCUUGUCUGAAAUGUUCCUUUAAUAUGUGUCAUUUUUUCCCAGAAAUGUCCUAAUUCAGAUGAAAACGGCCCACCGUGUAAUAACUCUUCCAGGCCUUUAGGAGGCACUGGAGGCACUUCUCCCAGAAGUACGGCAAAAACAAAGAAGGCAGGGAGAAUGUGCAAAAAGUGUGCCACAAAAAAAGAAAAAUUUUUCAAUGUCUACCCCAAAUAUGCAAAUGAGACAUUCCACUAUGUUUUUACUCCGGGACCUGUUUUUUUAUUUUUCAUAUUUUGCGGGGCUCAUAUAAACAACCAUCGUUAUUCCCUAAAAGAAAAAACUACGAGGACAAUAGAAACCUCUUGAUUUUAAAAAUCAUGCAUCCAACUUAAACUGAUUUAUAGAAGUAAACAUUUGACAUAAGAUGGUGCCUUUGUCGUUAUUGAGGGUUGCUCUCUCAAUCUCUGCCAUCUAGUGGACAACAUUAGCAACUGCAGUUUGCAAACAGUUUGAUGCUUUAAAAACUGAUUUUUGCUGUCAAACUCUUGUGAAUUUUCGAGUCCAUUCAUGAAAAUGUGUGCUGAUUUUAUUGAUUUAUUUGUUUCUUAAAGAUGUACAUACUGAGCUAUAUUUGGUGCAUUUUAUUUUUAUAAGCCUUUUUAGAAUUUUUUAGCGAUGUGAUCAACAUAAAGGUGGAGUGAUGACCUUAAAGGGACAAUUAAAAGCCACUGAAACAAUAA